AUGUCCUCCAGUUCACCAUCUCAGGAUUCAACCCAAUGUUCGGAGCAGUUAAAGCCAGAUGAAAUCACAGCACUCGAAUAUACCUCACUUAAAGUGCCAUAUGAAUUGUUCAACAAACGAUUUCGUUCUUCACAAAAAACAAUGGAAAAAAAUAAUCAUUAUCUUAAGGAAAGUGCUGACUUGGUAGCAAAAGCUAUGAGAGGUGAUGGUAGUAAGCCUAUUUACAAACGCGAAAUUAAAGAGAAAAUGGACACUUAUUUUGGACGUUUUGAAGAACUCUUUGGUACAUUCAAGCAAAUCACCGACGAAGAAAUGGAAUUAAUUGAUCUCUUGGAUACGCGAGUCAAAUAUCUGCAGCAGGCUAGCACGGCAGAUGUUUUGAAACAGGAAACUUGGCGUAGUCAACGCAUUAGUCGUUUAAUUAUUGAUUAUUUGCUACGUUCGGGUUAUUUCGAAACUGCACAAAAAUUAGCCGAACAAGCGAAUGUGGAAGAUAUGUGUAAUAAAACCGUUUUCAUGAUUGCGAAGCAGGUAGAAGAUAGCUUGUCGCGCCAUGAAACCGAUCGAUGCUUAGAAUGGAUUGCUGAUAACAAGUCAAAGUUACGUCGUUUGAAAAGUAGUCUGGAAACUACAGUUCGCUUACAGGAUUGUAUUGAGUUAGUACGACGAGGUGAACGUUUAGAGGCUGUGCAUUAUGCGAGAAAAUUUUUGGCCAAUUUAUCGAAAGAUCAAUGGAGCGAACAAGUUGUGAAAGUUAUGGGUCUCAUUGGUUUCGGAAUUCCGUCCAAAAGUCGUGCUUACAACGAAUAUUUUAGUGAAAAGCGCUGGGAACAGCUGAUUGAAUUGUUCAAACUGGAAAAUGCUCGUGUAUAUAAGCUCAUGGAGUAUUCAUCUUUUAAUGCCUGUCUAUGCAUGGGAUUAUCAGCUUAUAAAAGUCCACAGUGUCAUCCUGAUCCAGAUUCUCGUUGUCCAACUUGUCGUCCUGACAUGCACGAACUUGCGGAAGACUUACCUCAUUCUCAUGUUUCUAAUUCAAAACUGAUGUGUGCUUAUUCGGGAGAACCAAUGGAUGAUGAUAAUGAGCCGUUUAUGUUACCAAAUGGUUACGUUUAUGGUGCGAACUCGAUUGAGAAGUUGCUUAAUUCAUCAGAUGAAAUUGUUUGCCCUAGAACUGGAGAAAUUUAUCCCGCUAAUCAACUCUUGCGUGUUUUUGUUCUUUGA